GCUUGAACAAUAUGAGCUCAAAGUUGUUGCCAGUUUGCCACCAUGACGGUCACAACUGCCAUGACCCUCAAGGUCACACAGAUUUGCCAACACUGGCUGCUCACCUGGUCCACUACUACCACCCCACCCAUCCACUACCUUUGGGCUUUCUUACUCCUAACUGUAAUAGCUGUCAAAUAUCUUAUGCAACGUCCACGUACUGUAUACCUUGUUGACUAUGCUUGUUUUGGCCCCAACUCAAACUACCGUCUCAACCCGGCCUCCUGGGCCGAGUCUCUUCGCUUGUUUCUUGAUAAAGAUACCAUUUCCUUCCUAGCAAACGUUUUUAGACGCUCUGGCCUUGGUGAUGAGACUUGCCUCCCCUCUUCACUUAGUUAUAUCCCCCCGACCUAUAGUUUAAGCUUAGCCCGUGAGGAGACAGAGAUGAUCAUCUUCACUGUCAUUGAUGAUCUAUUUUCCAAGACAUCCAACAAGCCUCAUAGUGUCGACAUACUGAUUGUCAAUUGCAGCCUCACCACAAUGAUACCAUCCAUGACUGACAUGAUCAUAAAUAGAUACAAACUGCGUAGCGACAUCCAGAACAUACAACUCUCUGGGAUGGGGUGCAGUGCAGGACUGAUUGCGGUUGGUCUAGCCAGAAACCUCUUGCAAACCAUGCCUUACGGUGCACGUGCGCUAGUGGUAUCCACAGAGAUCAUAACUGGCAACUAUUAUGUAGGGAAGAAGCGAUCGAUGCAGCUAACCAACAUGUUGUUCCGGAUGGGAGGCGCUGCCAUGCUACUCUCGACUUCAAGGGCCAAUGCUCGAUUCGAGCUUACGCACAUUGUGCGAAAAUCCACAGCCGCCCAGGACAGUGCAUACCAUUGUGUUUUCCAAGAGGAAGACGACGAGGGAAACAGGGGAAUUGAUUUGUCUAAGGACCUUGUGGCCAUCGCUGGUGAGGCACUCAGAGCCAACAUCACCACAAUUGCCCCCGUUGUGCUCCCAUUCUCUGAGCAGUUAUCAUUUGUUCUCUCCUUCGUUGCGCAAAAGGUGUUGGUCAAAAAAAGUGCAAGUACAAAGCAGUAUGUUCCUAAUUUCGGCUUGAAAGUUGAGCAUUUCUGCAUACAUGCUGGUGGGAGAGCUGUGAUCGAUGCAGUCCAACGCAGCCUCAACCUGUCCGACGAGCAGGUUGAGCCGUCGAGGAUGACACUGCAUCGAUUUGGAAACACAUCGAGCAGCUCACUAUGGUAUGAGAUGGCGUAUUGUGAGGCCAAGCAACUGAUGCGGAAGGGGGAUCGAGUUUGGAUGAUUGGGUUUGGGUCUGGAUAUAAGUGCAACAGCGCUGUGUGGAAGUGCAUUCUACCAGCUCGUGGGGCUGACUCGGCAUGGGCAAACUGCAUCCAUCGUUACCCAAUGGAUGUCACAAAACAAGUCUCUGUCUAAGGAUGCCCUGACAAAAAGUUAAUAAUGUCGAGUACUUUUCAGCGGGAGGAACAAUAUAUAAUGAUAUUUUGGGGCAUGUUCUCUUAAGCAUGCUGCGGUCUUCUAUGUCACCCAAAUUGUCGGAGUAAUCAUGCACCAUUUUUUUCUUCUAGACAUGUAAAUGUAGCAUGUAGCAGAUGCAUGGACAUGUUGCAACUACGGUGUUGAUAUUUGUAUUUCCCAUCUAAAUUAAAGGCAAUAAGAUAAGUCUGAAGUUUUUAGACUUUGAUUA